AUGGAAAAGGAGGAUGAGGGGGAGGAUGAAGAUGGUGCCAUCCACCAAAAUGAUUUCAUGCCAAUCAUUAGAACCGCCGCCACCUCCAGAGUUCCAGAGUUCCAACAGGCCUCUCAGCGCCAGGCCCGCAGGCACGACAAGCGCGACAAGUUACAGACAGCACAAACGGCGCCAGGGCGCAGAAGCGCCCAGCACGGCAAACAGAGCCGGCGCGGCCUUAAUUGUAAACGCAGCCGGCCGGCCUCUCCCCCGACCCCUCCUCCUGCCCGCUCCUCCGGCUCGCUCCUUCAGCCUCCGAGCCCCAAGCGCGGUCCGCGCCAGGUCUAUGGGCGCGAUAAACGCCCCAUCACGGGCGAACGCGGCCGGCAGCGCACGCGGGCCACCCUCCGAGUCCUCCGGCUCUUCCGACCCCUCCAGCUUCCAAGCCAAAGAGAGGGAGACGCGCAUCCUCCGGCCCGCUCCUCCAGCCGCCCGACCCCAAGCGCGGCCGGCACCAGGUCUGUGGGCGUGAGAAACGCCACAACCGCGGGCGAACGCCGCCGGCGCGGCCAACAGCAGCAGCUCCUCCGAGAAAGGGAAAAUAGAGGCGAAGGUCCAAGUCCGGCAUCAGUCCAGGUAGGAGUCAGGAUGGAGGUUGAGAAUCUCACCUUGAUCAGGGAGUUCCUCUUGUUGGGCCUUUCCACCCACCACAAAACCCGGAUGAUGCUCUUUGCCACAAUCCUCCUCAUCUAUUCUCUUACCCUUUGGGGGAAUCUGGCAGUCAUCAUGCUGGUAUGGGUCAACUCCAACCUCCACACUCCGAUGUACUUCUUUCUGAGCCACCUCUCAUUUCUGGAGAUCUGUUACACCUCCAGCACUGUGCCCCAAAUGUUGGUUCACCUCCUGUCAGGUAAUGGAGCCAUCUCCUCUACCCGCUGUGCAAUCCAGGUGUACAUAACCACAACCUUCGGUGGCACAGAAUGCUUUCUGCUGGCCGUCAUGGCCUAUGACCGCUACUUGGCCAUCUGUCAUCCCUUGAUCUAUGCCAUAACUAUGGACAAGGGGCGCCAAUGGAGGCUGACAACUGCUUCCUGGGCAGUGUGUUUCCUAAUUGCAGCUGUGAAUAUAAGUUUGACUUUUCAGCACUCCUUCUGUGGCCCCAACCAUAUCAACCACUUUUUCUGUGAGCUGCCCUUGGUAGUGAAGCUUGCAUGUGGUGACACCCAUGUAACAGAAGUUAUUCUGUUUUGGACAUCGGUGCUGGUUAUCCUUGGUCCCCUUUCAGUUGUCUUGACCUCCUAUGCACUCAUCCUAUACAUGGUGUUCCAGAUGAGGUCAACUGCUAGAUGGCAGAAGGCUUUUUCCACAUGUGCCUCCCACUUGGCAGUGGUUACCUUGUUCUAUGGCACCCUCAUCUCUAUGUACCUGAAAUCACAGACUGAUGCAGCUCCCAAUCGUAACAAACAAAUUGCUGUCUUUUACACUGUGGUCACCCCCCUGCUCAACCCUAUCAUUUAUACGCUGAGGAACAAGGAUAUCCACAGGGCAGUGGCCAAAAUGCUACAAAGAAGACCCUGA